AUGUUGGUCUUCGUUCUCCAUCUCGCAGUCGUUACCGCCGAGUAUACCGGAGCCUACAAGGAGAAACAUGAUGAUCACCGUAUGAAGAUCUUUGCAGAUGACCUCCGCUACACAGAGAAAUAUGAUACCAACUUGGUAUUACCAAAGGUGGGAUUAUCUGGUUGUGAACAUGUACUGAAGUUAAUACCAGAGUGCCACACCGCCACUGCAGGUAUGUCCUACACGCUCAAGGUGACUCCCUUCACCCCCGUUGAAAAUCUUCCAAGAGCUGUCAACUAUGUUGCUAAGGGCUGGGUUACGGCUGUUCAAGCUACUGGUGGAAUCCUUCGUCGGUCUGCGAUGAUACUUGCCGAGAAUAUCCUCAACAAGUGCUCGCGAGGGUCUUCACAAGAAUCUUACUGGGGACCUCGUGUCACUCUCGGAAGGAGAGUUAAUCGACUGGCCUGUCUCGGUGGAUUGAUGGCUGGCGCGUUUGAAUACGUUAUGGAUCACGGGAUCGGCUCGGGAAAGGAUAGUCCGUACAAGCAAGUCUCCAAUCCAAUUCAUCCAACCUGUAGGAGCAAUGUUUAG